AUGGCGCCGGAGGCCCACAAAGGAGAUAUAUCGAGCCGGCUGCCGGAAACUUCGCGCGCGCCGCGCCGCACCGGGCCUCACUCGAGCGGCCAGAUUGCAUUCAGCGGCCGGCCGGCCUGCGCCGUCGCCAGAAGAGCGCGGAAAGCAGUAGCGGUGCGGCGGCUGGCCGCAGACAGAGCUGUCGCGUCGACGUCACGGCUCCUGACCUCAGACGCGUGUACGGCUGCAGACAUCGGAUGCCGGGCAGCGGCCCGCGGCGCUUCUGAGGACGUCCGGUCGGCCGAGCCACUGGCGGCUGCAGCGCCCGCUCUGGCGGCGUCUCGCGUGUCGCCGCCCCCACCGCCCCCGCUGCCGCCCUCACCGCCCCCUCUUGACGCAGAGUGGACGCCAACGCCACUCUUCACGACUGCGGCCUGUUCCCACACCACACCCACCCUCCGCCACGCGCCGCACCCUCCACCCAUGACUGCCGCAGCUGGCGCCGGAUGCAAUUACCGCUGUCUGCGCUCUCGAGGGCCAGUGAAUAUCAAAGCCGCUCGGCGCGGCAGGGGAACGCCCGCCGGCUGCUUUUCAGCGCUCUGCAGCGAGCCGCUGCCGGUUCCGUGUGGAGGAAAAGGCCGGGAAGACCGGCUGCCGGUGUGGCAGGCAGGCAGAGGCUUUGGUGGCGAGCGGCCAGUGGAGGAAUCGCCGGACAGCCGGGACCGCGCGCGGCCGGCCCAGCUCUCUCCUCUGCUGGCAUUAACUGAGAGGGCACGCCGGAGUGGCAGCAGCGGCAACAGGUUCUGCCGCGGCCGCAGGCACCCUCCGCCGCGCACCGCCCGCCUACCUCUGGCGGCCUCCCAAGUGCUUGGCCACUUUAUUCGCGUGUCGCUACCGCCGUACACCGCCGCUGCUCAGAGCACUUCAGCGUGGACAAGUGUCGGAUCGGUGCGGCAGGAGUAA